AUGAGUACACUGCAUCCUGAGCUAAGUAAUUCCGAUGGAGAUGCUUUGCCCCUUAAGACGUCUACUUCAGGCAAAAAUGAGUUAAAAUCCAGCUCCUUUUUGGCGCUUUGUCGAUCCUGGCUUUGUCGGCUCUCGCCUCUUCUUGGUUUCCCUCCUGAUCAGGUGAACAGAAUAGAGCUUCUUGCUUUCGUACACUAUGCGAUCGCCUUCCCGAAUCAGUUCUUCGGCCUCCUAGACACGUAUGAUGUACUUCGGUAA